AUGGACGUGCCGAAGAUCAGUUGGACCCUGGUCCACGCGCAGUUGGCGGUCUUGAGUGCAAUUGGCGGGGCCACCGGCGCGUGGUGCACCUGGCGGCAGAUCUACAAACGGCGCUUGGAGCGAGAAGGGAAGGUGGUGAAGUCGGACCUUGAGAACCACCACCCCGACGAAGCGCGGCACUUCAUGCAGUACGGCUACCGCACCAGUCGUGUAGGCUACGCGGUGAUGCAUUGCUGGACCGCAGCGCUCAUGGUGGGCUAUGUGCUGGUGGUCGUGGGCUGUUGGAUCGGCUACGCCAUCUUCGCGGACCUCUACUUCCCGCCCAGCGCCGAGUAUUGGCGAAGCAUCUUCGAGUCCUGGGACGGUGUGAUGUUCCCCUGGUGCGUGGUCUUCGUCCUCAGCCACUUGCUCUUGGGACUGGUGCUGAUCUUUUGGGACGCCAUCAAAUCGCAAACCAUGCUGCCGGCCACCAGCAUGCGAGAGGCCACUCAUUUGAUGAUUCAAGAGGUGCACGACGCAGGCACUGGUCCACUCAGUCCUCAAGGGCCCCGCGCCACCACGCGGCGUCGACACCACCGCGGCGCGCGGUCCCCGAGCCUGCGGGAACGCUGCGGGGAACGCUGCGCGGCGUUGUCGCGCUACCUGAAGCGAGUCCAGGCCACGGAGGUCCUGCCGAUCUGCUCGGAGGAGGGUCGCCGCUAUGUCGAGCACAUGUGCGUGCGCUACACCUACUGCGACCGUGCCCAAUCCUUUGUGCCGGCUGGGCAACUGCGGCCGCAGCCGUCGGAGAUCCUCAAGCUCAGAAAGAGGGGUGGUCUGUCAGAAGCGGAGGCGCUGCAGAGUCGUGAGCGCAGUGGGCCCAAUGCGAUCCACGUGCGGGUGCCGGGGAGGCUCGAAGCCUUGGUGAAGGAGUUCUCACAUUUCACCUAUAUCUUCAACUCCUUUGGUGUGUGGAUCUAUAUCGGCUACACCACUUGGAACAUCGGCCUUUUAUGGCUCUUGAUGACCUUGGGCUCUGGCCUCUACCGAGCCUUGGGCAUCACGAGGCCCAACCAGAAGAAGGUGGCGAAUCUGGCGCGUGUGCAUCAGACCUGCAGUGUGCUGCGCGAGGGGAAGUACAAGGAUGUGGAUGUCACAGAGAUAGCUUUGGGAGAUAUCGUUCAAGUCAAUGCUGGACGAGACGUGGAGCUUCCCUGCGAUGGUUUGCUCAUCAGUGGUAGCCUCAUCGUCAACGAAUCCAUGCUCACAGGCGAGCCGAUGCCUGUGGCCAAAACGCCCAUCGAGAGUGACGAGAUCAGACCGAAGAGCAACAAAGUCUUUGCCGGCACGCGCGUGCUGGAGUCAGAGGGCCUUCCAGAGGACCAGCACCGUGCCUUGGUCUACUGUACAGAGGUGGGCGCCUUGACCACUCGCGGCUCCUUGGUGAGAAUGGUGCUUUUCCCUGCCAGUGUCCGCUUCAAGUACACAGAGCAGCUCCCCCAGGUCUAUGGGAUCAUGUGCCUUUAUGCUUGCGUCCUCAUUCUCUUGAAGUUCACCUCGGUCAACGAAGGGUCAUGGGUCGUCAAGUUCUUGAAUAUUGCCUGCUGUUUGGUGGGAGCCCUGAACCCGAUGCUCCCCGUCUCCUUGGUCAUGGGGCAGUCGGCGAGUGCCAAACGCUUGACGGAUGGCGAGAACUAUCAGAUCAAAUGCCUUCAGCCAGGGAGGAUUCCCAUUGCUGGCAAGAUUUCGACCAUGGUUUUCGACAAGACGGGCACCAUCACCAAGUCCAGUAUGGACCUAGCUGCCGUGCAUCCCAUCGCCGAUGCCCAGCUGCUGCGCUGCCAACGCCUCGACGGCGCGCCCGACGGCGCGUUCGCGGCCGGCGAGGCCCUGUGGCGGGCGCUGCGGCGAUGCCAUACGGUGAAGCAAUUGCAAGACGGCCGCAUGGUGGGCAACGAGCUGGAGUGUGCCAUGCUGCGGCGCAUGCGCGAGAUGGGUGAUGAGGUGCCCGAGGACGCGAGCGUCACCGUGCGGGAGUUGGAAUUCGAUCAUCAAAGCAUGACCAGCGGCGUGGUCCUGCGCAGAGAGCGCGACGGCUUCUUGGAGGUCUUCCUGAAGGGAAGCCCCGAGAAGAUCAAAGCAGCUGCUCGAGCCAGCUCCUGCCCCAGCGACUAUGAUGCCACCGUCACCGAAUAUGCCAAGGCCAACUACUACACUAUUGGGGUGAGCCACAAGAUGCUGCCGCAAGACCUGACCCAUCAGGAGGUGUGUGCCUUGGCCCGGGAAGAGCUGGAGAAGGAGGCCGACUUGGUGGGGCUUUUGCUUUUUCAGAAUGAGAUGAAAGCGGAGGCGCCAGAGGCCAUCCGGCAGCUGAAGGAGGGCAACGUUCGUUCGGUCAUUUGCACUGGCGACAGUGCCCUGACGGGGAUCGCCAUCGGUCGGCAAUGCGGCAUCGUGGAGAAGCCCAUUUUGCACGCGGUGCUGGCAGAGGGCCAGUUGAGGUUCAGCGACGAGAAGGAUCAACAGGUUUGUGAUCCUUUGGAUCCUCGCUAUCAGCUGGCUUUGUCCUGUAGUGCCUGGCGGCAUUUGUGCGAGCAUGAGCCGGAGCUCUUGCAGGAGAUUUGGCCUCGCUGUGUGGUCUUUGGCCGGAUGAAGCCCGUCGACAAGAUCAACGUGAUCAAGCUCUUUCAACGUCAGGGGCUGAUUGUGGGCAUGGCCGGCGACGGCGGCAACGACUGCGGCGCGCUGCGCGCCGCGCACGCGGGGCUGGCGCUGUCGACGGCGGAAGCCUCGUUGGUGGCGCCGUUCUCGACGGGGCGGCAGGAGAAGGUGUCAGGGAACCAGAUCACCUUGCAACUCGGAUGA